AUGCCGAGCCGUCAUGACACUCAGCCCCCCCGAAAGCCGCUCCGUCUCAUCCGUGCACCGGCGCACCACCGACAGGGAGCGAGCCCUCCGGCCCUCACCGACACCCGGCUGGGGCUUUGUAGCACAGCCAAGGAUGCCGUCCUCCAGAUGGUGACUUCUACAGGAGUUUCAGUGAGACGUGACUUUGAGAGUGAUACUCCACAGGCCUGUCAUGGUUUCCCUUCCUCUCACUCUCUUCCAUCUCUGGGCUUCCCACUGUCUUCUAAUGGUUUGAUGGGGAGCUGCUGGUCGAAUGUCAGCAGGAACUAUUGUCAUAUCUGGAGGUAUUCUCGCUGGGGUGAUACUGCUUAUUACUGCUGUAAGAAAAAUGACUCUGAAGUGGACGUGGGCUCCGUUGCCGGAGCCGACCCUCUCUCUCACUUCCCGUGCAACACUUGUAACGCCCUUGCCAUGGACGGUGCCGCCAUCAGCCCGGUCUCUCUGGAUCAGCUGGAAACGGGCUCUCACCACAACCACUGCCCCACGUGCUCACCGCGCCCCCUCCGCCCUGGACCCGCAGACAACAUGCGGAACGGAGGCGAGCGGCUGGGCUUCCACACCUACUACGACAACCCCCCUGUUGCUCUCCCCUUAUCCGUCAACCCGCCGAGUUCCUCCCCUGUGAGUUACUACAACCCCACAGACAUCUUCCCCCCCCCACCACGCCCCUACAGCACUGACGUUUGACAUCCCUGCGCAGGUGCGCGUGUAGCCAACCGCAGCGAAAACGCACGCGCGUUUUUCUGAACUUAUUCGAGGUAACUCUUUCAGAUACAGCACAAAACCCCACACCCACUUUAACAGGGUAUUCAGCCUCCGUUCGGUCACACAUUUACACACACUCACUGGAAUAAGGAAGUGAGCCAUAAAUUCACUGGGCUGACCCAGCAGGAGCCCCGCAAGCCCGCAACAGGGACAGCAUCUGAUCAGCAGGGAAACGGUACACAACCAAACCACAACUUCAUCUAGUGUAACACGGGAGUAAAUCACCCAGGGUAAUAAUGUGUUUCUGGAAAUUGCAUCAUUAG